CAACAGCAGGAAACGGCGUUUUCGGAGGGCUGCCGUGUGUUGCCGGAGAGUUAGUUAUGGUUGCGCAGCUCCUGGAACAGGCGUCGAGUAGCAAAAGUAGCACGAGAGGGCACGGACUGGCAGCCGGCGCGGCAGGCACAGAAAAAGUAAAGGAGGCGCUGAUUGCAGUUUGGUCAAUGCGCUCACGUCAUUUUUGACGUCAUUACAACCGCGUGCAAAUCAAAUAUGGUGCCUGUCAGGUUCGGUUGAUAGCGGUGCGUAUGCUGGCACACUCUUCAGCUCAUGAAUAGUCGACACUGGUUUUUGGGAGAUGUCGAGAUCAAUGAGCAAGAUGCUUGUGCGAAGUUUGCUUCUCUGCCUACGAGCCCGUAAUGUGCCGUGGAAGCAGUGUGAACGUUGCUAUGCAGGGUACGCGGGUUCCGCUGCAGAGGGCCACCAUCACAAAUUGCGAAGAUCCUUCUUCUGGGGUGCCAACUGCGAGCAGAUUCAUUGUCACAGGACCACUCGGGUUGUAUGUGUGAGGACGUUGUCGAUGGCUACCGAUGUCAAAUCUUGCCCUCAAACUGUCUGUGGGUCUGCGUUGUCCGAAACUAAAGACAAGAUCCGGGUGCCUGUCGCAAAACUCGAAGGCCGUAUGCUGCUGUCGUUCCUUUGCAAACUCUGCUCAACACGAGUCACCAAGCUAAUUUCAAAGGUCUCCUAUGAAAAAGGAGUUGUCAUCGUGAAGUGUCACGGCUGCAGCAAGCAUCACCUCAUUGCAGAUAAUCUGAACUGGUUUCCGGACCUCGAAGGGAAAAGGAACAUAGAAGAAAUCUUGGCAUCAAAAGGCGAAGCUGUCCGUAAAGCACUGUUGAAAGAUGAGAUCCUUGAAGUCACGGGUUCGUGAGAACUGAGCCUCGGCAGCAUCACGCAAGACUUUUUUUUUUUUUUUUUUCUUCCUAAAUUGGAGAGCUGCAGUCAAAAAUUUUUGUAAAUGAAAAGUUUUUUUUUUUUUUUUUUUUUUUUUCAAUAUCUGCAUUACUGCUUAAGGUACUGCUUGCUUACUUGCAGGACCAUGAGUAGUCUGUGCAUUUUCACUUUGUGGAAUCUGUGCCACAUACCAGGCCUAGCUGUUUUCUUUUUUGAUGUAUUCAGAAGAUCGAAAAUCAACAAUACUGUUCUCUCUUCAUGUAGGUUGUCAAAUAUUGGCAAAGUUUGCUUCCAAGCUUUUAUGUUGAACCUCAGAGUGUCGCACACAACACCUAGAUUGUCAGACCCAGUACUUACUCAGUACAACUGAAUUGCAUGAAUAUACUAUGUAAUUUAUAACAGGCAAAUUUACGGGAGCUCAUAGAGUUCUGCAAAAUUCAUGGUCUACAAUAAAGUUAUGACGUCUUAUAUGUCUUGGUCUUAUCUAUAACUGUAAUAAGUUUAUCACUACCAUACCACUGAAACCUGAUUUCUACAAUGACACGCACAAACUUUACAGAAAGUGUUUUUGCAACCGUUCAGUAACUAAUACAAAUGUUCACUAUGUUCACCCUCUUCACAAAUACUUUUGAUGCUGCAUUGCCUUAACAAAAAUUUAAAGAGGUGGGGCAUCUGAGUGCUUCCUUUUAUAAUUGGCACACUUCAGUGUGAAAACCAGUUUGCAGCUUUGUUGUUUAUUCUUCAAGACUCUUGAUGGCCUCUGAACAUGUUGCCGUUUGUCAUCUGAAGCCACUCAACACCCAGACAACUAUUUUAGACUAUCAGUAAAUGGCAACAUUACUCUUGUGCAUUGCAUACUUGUUCUAAACAUAAACUGUACAGGAGGCAUUGGCAAACAUGAGUAAAGAUGACUUGGUGCUAGUUUUUUCUUCUGCAAUGUUCUGAGAAGUUGCCUAGCACGGCAUGCAAAUUUGAGCAGUUGCAUGCUCAAAUGGUCCCCUCUUAGUGAUUGUGGCUUGGUACAACUUUUGAAAUUAUGCUUUCCAGGGAACAUGGCAUCCUAUCGAUUUAGACACUGCUAGAGAUGCUUUCUGUGAGCACUUCGAAUGCUGUGCAGAAUGUACAACACAAUCAUCAAUAACUGCAGUUGAAUAGAUUGUUUCGUGGUGCAAAAGUUGUUUGCUAUAGAAAUUGUAAUUGCACUUGCCCCAAGAUACAGGAUAAGCAUUCUAAUAUGGCAGUAAUAUAUACAGCUAUCUUUAGCGAGAAAUCAAUUACUGACAUCUGCUUAAUUGGCGCAAAUCCAGUGAUCCUCCUGUUAAGAUCUUCCAGGCCAUUCAAAUGCUGCACUUAGUCUAUUGCCCAUGUAUAUGAAUUGGCUUGAUGCAUUAGAUGUCUCAACUUCAUUUUCUUGCAAAAUUUAGCAUCAUUGCAUGCUUACCCUCUUCAAGCCUGUUGUCACGGUUUUGUGACAGGCUGAAUCUAAGCUCCUAAAGGCACGUUCAAGUGAGAGAUGUGUUGCCGUCCCAGACUCUGGGAAAACAAUGCUUGCACAUGGAGUUUCCGAUGAGAAACUGGUGGCUGCGUCUUUUCAGUUGCACAAAUUGCAGUUAUUUCUGUAAUAUUGAAUGUUUUGCAGGCUGUCAUAAAACGCGAGAUGGUUCACCUGCAAAGUCAGAGUUUUUCAGCAAUAGCUGUUAUGGGCUCAUUCCCCUGGUCAUUUUGAUGUCCACUGGUGUCGUUGCUGCAAUUUCAACAUCCUUUGCUAGAAAAUUGCAAAUAAAUAAAAAUUCUCAUUGUGCCCUUAGAAUGCAAAUUUAUGACCAUCAACAGAUUGGAAGCCCAGGAUUCUGUCUCUUGGCCACACUGCUUGUGCUACAGCAGGGUAGAAUACUUUGGAGAGCACGAUUGCGCCAGCAGCUGCCAUGAUUGGCCGAUGCUUGCUCAGCAUCUUUGUACUGGAUAGAGUUGACAUCCGUGCCUUUGUUUUUUAGCACGUCGUCUUUGCAGUUGCAGAGGCACUCCUAAAUUAAGUUUCUUCUUCUACACUUAACGACAGUGAUUAAGCACGUCUGCUUCAUCUUCAUUAUUCUUCUUCUAGCUCCAAUUUCUCAUGUUUACUGGAUGGUGCCAACGUUGUCCUGUUUCCUUCAAAGUACAGCGGGAGGCCUGUUCCAUACCUGCCAACCCUCCCGAAUUUUUUGCAAGCUUUACGAGUUUUUGCUUCCUUAUGAUUUAAUGAAUGUUGCCUCAAGUUUUAUAAAAAAUAGAUUCCGUUCCUGAAAAGGUUUGAAAGAUUGAGGAAAAAAAAAAUCAUACAAUAAAGAAAUUUUUAUAGUACCCUUGUACCUUUGUCGCUCUUUUGUGGUAGCAGAAAACGCCAUAUACUAGAGGAGUACUUGUUUCAACAAGUUUAGUCAGACAAGUUCCUGAAGCAGGCAAAAUUGGCGACAGCAAAGUUGCUGAAAAAGUCACUGUGAUCUAAAAACAGUUGGUUGCUUUUCAAUUUCUACUGUUAUUAGUUUUUUCAUAAAUCAUCGUUAAUAUUGUCUGUAUGUAUCCCACAAAAUGUGUGUGCUCAGUGCAAACUUUAAUAAAAUGAAUGCUAUCACCCCC